CUGAGCAAGCUCACGUUUGAGGAGGCAGCAUCAUCUGAGCUCAGCGGGAACAGAGGGCCGUCCUGGCUGCUUCAGGGCAGCAGUGUGGUUCAGAACCCCAAACUGCUCAUCAACCCCCCCAUCCCCCUGGCAAAGCCGGGACUUUGGGAAAUUCCCGGCGGAAAGUCACACUCCAACACAUCCGUGAAAGCAAUGCUUCAGCCCACCCUGAAAGUCCGUGGAAUAUCUAAACUGUCCAGGACGUUCAGCUGGGGGGACUUUCAUUCCAACAUCAAGACGGUUAAACUGAAUCUGCUGAUAAUGGGGAAAGUCGUGGAUCAUGGAAACGGUUCUCUCGGGGUCUACUUCCGCCACAAUUCCACCGGUGUGGGAAACGUGUCUGUCAGCCUCGUCCCCCCCGUGAAAGAGGUGGAGUUCGACUUGGAGCGCCAAAGCGUGGUUAACCCCAAGGACUCCAAGACGUUCAACUGCAGGGUGGAGUACGAGAAGACGGAGCGGAGCAAGAAGGUGAUGCUGUGCAACUACGACCCGUCAAAGAAGUGUGACCAGGAGCAAACCCAGAGCCACGUCAACUGGACGUGCUCCAAGCCCUUCCAGGUCAUCUGUGUCUACGUGUCUUUCUACAGCACGGACUACAGGCUGGUGCAGAAAGUCUGCCCGGACCACAGGGCCCAGGGUCCAGCCUCCCCUGACCACAGGUCAAACGCGCGCCAAGCUCAUGACAACUGA